UAGUGUGAGGUCUUGCCUCGGUGUACGGAUAGCAGAACUGGCCCAGAACGCGGAACCGGAACCCUAUCCGGACGGUGUUAUUGUGCUGAGCCACCGAAACAUGAAGAAGCGGAACAGUCCGCCACCGACGAUGGCGGACGGUGGUGGCAUUGGCAGUGAAACGCUGCUGCAUGCCUCACAGCACACGAUGGCGGUCAACGAGUUUAAGUUCAUUAACGAGCGGCCGGUGGACGAUAUCUCGCUGAACUUCUUCUACAAACCACACACGAUCACGCUGCUGGCCGUUUCGAUAUUCGGUGUGAUGUACUUUGCCUUUGUCCGUAAUCAGUCCGAUAUACAGGAGAACAUAUGGGCCGGCAUGCUGUGCGUGAUAUUCUUCUUCCUGAUCAUUUCGGUGCUUGCGUUCCCGAACGGCCCAUUUACCCGGCCCCAUCCAGUAGUUUGGCGGAUGCUGUUCGGUCUGUCGGUGCUGUACCUGAUGCUGCUACAGUUUCUAAUGUUCCAGGACUAUAAAUCCAUCAUGGGCAUCUUCUACUGGUUCGAUCCGAAGCUGAGAGAUUUUCACAUCGACAUGGAGAAGCAAUACGCCGCCAACUGUUCGGACAUGUCAUUCGAACGCAUCUGGUCUCACGUGGACGUGUUCGCGUGGGGUCACUUUCUUGGUUGGGCCUUUAAGGCCGUCCUGAUCCGGCAUAUGGGCAUCCUGUGGGCGAUCUCGGUGAUGUGGGAAAUUACGGAAAUUACGUUCGCCCAUCUGCUGCCGAACUUUGCCGAAUGUUGGUGGGAUGCACUGAUACUGGAUGUGCUCGUUUGCAACGGGUUCGGCAUUUGGUGUGGGCUGAAGAUCUGCAAGCUGUUGGAAAUGCGCGAAUAUAAGUGGGCCAGCAUACGGGACAUUUCGUCCACUACUGGGAAGCUAAAGCGAGCGGUGUUGCAGUUUACGCCGGAAAGUUGGGCACCGGUACGGUGGCUCGAUCCAAAGUGUACCUAUAUGCGAUUUUUCGCGGUGUGUCAGUUGGUGUUGCUUUGGCAGUUAACCGAAUUAAACACCUUCUUCUUGAAGCACAUUUUUGAAAUGCCCCCAUCACAUCCGGUCGUCAUUGGACGGCUCGUGUUUGUCGGUCUGUUUACUGCACCCUCGGUACGACAGUACUACAUCUACGUUACGGACACGCGCUGCAAGCGGCUGGGCACCCAGUGCUGGGUGUACAUUGCCAUCCUUGUGUCGGAAGCGAUUCUAUGCAUUAAAAAUGGGAAGGAACUGUUUGAGCGCACCCAGGUGAAGAAUAUCGUCGUAUGGCUAAUCAUACAGGCGGUACUGUCGGUGCUGUUUGUGUAUGGAUGCAUGCUGUGGCAUCGAUACGUAGCGGAAGACGAUUCGAGGGACGGAUCUCCGGUGAAACAGAUGAACCGUACGUUCAAGGAUUCUGCCAUCGUAUCGGGUGACUCGAAAGGAAGCAAAGGUGCUGGUGGUUCCUCGGCAAAAAAUUCACCCCAAUCUACGCCAACCAAAAAAGCGCGAUCUCAGCAAGGGAACCAUAACGUUUCUCAAGGCACCACCGGCAAAUCGGUCCGCGAACAUCUUGAGUAA